AAGGUAUCUUGCAUGAUGAAGAAUUCGGCAGGUACCGUUUUACUCAGGACUGGUGGCUGUUUCCUAUACUGAGGGCAAGCAUACUGGCUGAAGCCUCUGUGUUUCAUAACCCCUGCAUGCAAAAUAUCCCACUGUCAUUCAUCAGGCCUUCAGAAUUUCUGCUAAAAAAAUAAGCUGGGGCAUUGGAAGAAAAGAAAGAAAAGGGUAGGUCGUUUGUUCUUAUAAAGACUGGUUAUAAAAUCCAUGACUGUUAUUUAACAUCCAGUCCACUUUAAGUCUGUUGGCAAUGCUCCCUCCUGUAGUUCCUGAACGUGUUCUUACAAACAAGUUUUCUGGAGGGGUGAGGGCUGACGCAGGGAGUUUGAAACUCAGCUGAGAGGGGAGAGUUACUUUUUGUAUUUAUGACUGUGAGUAUUUGUUGCUGUGCCUAAUAGGACCCCUGACUUAAAAGAUACUGUCUAGCUUACAAAGUAAAAACAAAUAUUACAUGUCAAACUCCUGUUUUCAUAUUAAACCCUUACCAAACUUAAAAAAAAAAAAAAAGAAAGAAAAAUAUUCUUGAGAAAUCAAAAGUCCUGGAAUUUUCUAUGUCAAGCCAAUCUGACGCAGACAGUACAGACUAAAGAGAAGACUUUUUGUGCUUGCAGUUUAAAUAGGAUGAGGUUAAUAUUGUCUUCCUAAAUGUAAUCUCUUUCUCCAGUGCUAUGAUAUUGUGAUUCUAAUUUUAAUUACAGAGAUGGGUGGGUUGGAUCACUAAAAUUGAGAUUUGGGUUAGGGUGUGGAUUUAUAGCCCGGCUCCUCCCUGUAAAGGUUGAGACUGCUUGUGUCUGGACUCAUCUUUUCAAUUAAUUGGUGGUAAUUAAAGGGUGCUGUGUGGGAUGGUGCUAAAGAGAAACACAAUUAAGAUGUAAUGCUUCUCCUUUGGUAUCUGCAUCCUUAUUUAUUUUAAACGAUCUUUAAUGCUCUGAUGAGUUUAAGUCUUCCUGUGUCACAUACUGUGCAAGCAGAAAUAUGUGAGUGAACUGUUGCCAAUGGCUCCGAGCAAGCAUGGGGUAUGUUUCAGAUUACAUGGUGUUUUCUUGUUCAGAUCUGAUCUCCUUGCUAGGAGAGGCUGAGAAAGGCAGCUCUAGGGGAUUUACUUCUAGCAGCAGCAGCAGCACAUGAUCCAUCAAUCGCGUGAUUCUCACCACCGAGGACUAAUGGGGAGGGUGAAGAAAAAGUGAACACUGCCUUGGGGAAGCAACAGCAUUUUCUUCUGUUCGCGGGGCCCCUCCACCAGCCGGACGCUUCAUGGCUUCUCCCAGGUUAGAAACCUACUGCUGCCCGAACCGGGAUGCAGCUACCCAGCUAGUGAUGAAUUUCCAGCCUGAAGUCUUCUGUGGAGUUUGCAUUGGCAGCGCCUCUGUCAGCGUGCUGCUGACCAUCCUGCAGCUCCUGCCGAAGAAGGGACAGAGCCCGCGGAAGAUGCCCAAAGCCUCCUCCUCUUCCACCAUCCUUCUCCUUGUCUCCAUUUGUGACAUCCUUGGUGGCUUAGGUAUGAUCUUCAGGUCAAGUGUAUGGCUAGGCUUCCCAGGCUUCAUAGCUAACAUUUCUGUGGUGAACGGGACCAACGUGUGGCCUUCUGCUUUCUGCGUGGGGAGCGCGAUGUGGAUCCAGCUAUUAUAUAGUGCUGGCUUCUGGUGGUUGUUUUGCUAUGCCGUUGAUUCUUACUUGGUGGUAAGAAGAUCAGCUGGACUGAGUACGAUUGUGCUGUACCACAUGAUGGCGUGGGGCCUCGCGGUGAUGCUCUGCGUGGAGGGAAUUGCACUGCUUUACUACCCUUCUCUCUCCAGCUGUGAAAAUGGCUUGGAGCAUGCAAUCCCACAUUACAUCACAACCUAUGCCCCACUCCUGCUAGUGCUGGUGGUCAACCCAAUCCUGUUUAGGAGGACAGUAGCAGCAGUUGCCUCCUUACUAAAAGGGAGACAAGGGAUUUACACAGAGAAUGAAAGACGUCUGGGGAUGGAGAUCCAGAUCCGCUUCUUCAAAAUUAUGCUGGUAUUCAUUAUUUGCUGGUCAUCCAAUAUCAUCAAUGAGAGCCUUUUGUUCUAUCUCGAAAUGCAGCCAGAUAUCAAUGAAAUACCCCUGAAAAACAUCAGAAGUGCUGCACUGAUCACAUGGAUUAUAAUGGGGGUUCUUAAUCCGAUGCAAGGCUUCCUCUUCACGUUAGCUUUCUAUGGCUGGACGGGAUGGAGAGUGGACCUGAAAUGGCGAAAAAGAGAAAUACCCUGGGAAUCAAUGUCCUCAUCAACUGUGGGUGAAAAUGCCUAUCCCUCCCCAGUGAACUACCAAAGCAACAUCCACGAUUCAAAGAAGAUAUCGACAACUGACAGCCAGCAGACCGAUGAGGCUAUAAGCAUGCUGUCUGAAGGUAACACUAGUGGUGAUGACAGGUUAACCAGGAGCUCUCCCAUCUACCAGGGCUGGUAGUUUAUAGGCACAGAGCUGGAGCCCACUUCUCACAUUGUCAGUAAAACCACGGCACUGUGUGAACUGUUGCGUACUCUCGAAUUAGGUUUGUGCCCAAUGGCUUGAUGGCAUAUCCUAUAACUUGUGUGUGUGAGACAGAGCGUGUGAGACAGAUAUUAUGGUUUAUGUCUUCAUUUACUUUAUAGGAGAUGCGUUAACAGGUGUAAAGGCCUGAUCCUUUUUCAGCAGGAGUAUAUCUCUGUGAAGAUCUCUGUUACUUAUGAUUCUUUUUCAUCCAUUUUGUUUUAAUCUGUCUUGUAACUCCCAUAUGGUAGAAGAGUCUUUUGUUUAAAUAAAUGGACUAUUAAUA